ACAGCCAUCUGAGCGGACAGAGCACAGCAACUGUCAAUGAACCACAGCCCAGAGGGGACAAGAAGACACUUGUAGCAAAUCAAAUAAAGCAAAGAAACUGGACAGUUUGAAUCUCUGCUUCUCCAAUAAACCACACACUCCUAGUCCUUUGGACCUUAUCUGUCAGAGCUGGGCAUAUCAAGCUUCGUUGACCUUUUUAAACUAAGUGUCUCUCCCAUACAUCUAGAGCCACAAAAGCUUCUCCCCAUGACUCAAAAGAAUUUGUAAAUGGAGAAGACCUUAGAGACGAAAGAAAGUUGGGAACGAACCUAGUGGUGCACCAGAAAUGCAUCAUGGACAAGGACAAAUUCUCACGCAAGACCCUGACUGCACCAGCCCCAUUUGCUGAUGAAUCCAGCUGCCAGUGCCAAGCACCUCAUGAAAAACUGACCAUUGCUCAGGCCCGCUUAGGAACACCAGUUGACAGGCCUGUUAGAGUGUACGCAGACGGAAUAUUCGACCUCUUCCACUCAGGUCACGCAAGGGCACUUAUGCAAGCAAAAACACUGUUUCCCAACAGCUACUUGUUGGUAGGAGUUUGCAGUGAUGACCUUACUCACAAAUUCAAAGGUUUUACUGUGAUGAAUGAAGCAGAGAGAUAUGAAGCUCUCAGACACUGUCGAUAUGUGGAUGAAGUCAUCAGAGAUGCACCAUGGACUCUAACUCCAGAGUUUCUGGAAAAACACAAGAUUGAUUUUGUGGCUCACGAUGACAUUCCGUACUCCUCUGCCGGUUCUGAUGAUGUUUAUAAGCAUAUCAAGGAAGCAGGCAUGUUUGUUCCAACACAAAGAACAGAAGGCAUCUCAACAUCAGACAUCAUCACCAGAAUUGUCCGUGACUAUGAUGUAUAUGCCCGGCGAAAUCUCCAGAGAGGGUACACAGCCAAGGAGCUGAAUGUCAGCUUUAUAAAUGAGAAGAAGUACCGUUUCCAGAACCAGGUGGACAAGAUGAAAGAAAAGGUCAAGAAUGUGGAGGAAAGAUCAAAGGAAUUUGUUAACAGAGUAGAAGAAAAGAGUCAUGACUUAAUUCAAAAGUGGGAAGAAAAAUCAAGAGAAUUCAUUGGCAACUUCCUGGAACUGUUUGGGCCAGAUGGUGCAUGGAAGCAGAUGUUCCAGGAGAGGAGUAGCCGGAUGCUACAGGCCUUAUCUCCGAAGCAGAGUCCUGUGAGCAGCCCGACCCGGAGCCGGUCCCCUUCUCGCUCUCCAUCUCCUACCUUCUCCUGGCUCCCAAACAAGACCUCUCCCCCCUCCUCACCCAAAGCAGCCUCAGCCUCCAUCAGCAGCAUGAGUGAGGGGGAUGAGGAUGAGAAGUAAAGGUGCCUGGUCAACAAGAGCACACCACACAGGAUGGGAAGGGGUCCAGGGAUGCCUGGGUGGUGUUGAGAGUUGCAGCUCUGCCGUGAGAUGGGAGUUCUGCCAUGGGAGUUACUAGGGCCAGCUCCUUAUCCUUCUCCAUUCAGUCUGGCCAGGGCUCAGCAUGGAGGUUUCUGACCUGAAAACCCACACAAACCUUCUUAGCAUCAUAGAAGCCCCCCCUCCACUUUAGCCCUGCUAUGGAAAGGUGCAGAGCACUCCAUGAAGUGGGAUGAGCUCUGCCUUUGGUUCACACAUCUAUCUGUAGCAAAUAAGCCACCUGCAGACGUGGCUGCUGCCUCACCCUGCUAUCUCCAGACUUCAAAGAGCCUUGCACGAUGCCUCCUACUACCCACGCUCUCCCAGAAUGAAUUCCUUUCCCAUUGAGGUGGCUAAGUGCUUCCAAAAUGGGCAAGUUAAAGGCGAAGUCCAGCCUUUUCCGUUCAGCCACUAAGGCCUGAUGGAAUUCACCAACACUUUCCCAUUCCAGGACCCUGACUCAGAUGCAGCCUCGCUUUGGUCAGAUAGAAAAGUGUGACCCCUUAAUCUCUCAUUCAAAGAACAGAUGUGUCAAGGUGAACUCCACCUAAGACCUGCCAUGCUCCUGGCUGUACUUUUUCAUCUCUGGCACAAUGACACUGUUUUCCAGAAAUUACCUGAAUUGAUGGGAAUUGCAACAAGGAAACCCGUUUUAUCUAAAAAGAAAUAACCAAACCAACCAGGAGCUGCUUUGCUUUGGCUCCAUGUAUGGAAGAUGAAAAAUAUCUCUUGGAGCUUCUUAAAGGAACGGCUCUUUCCAUUUCUGACCACAUCACAGUUCAUAGACUUCGAAUAACAGUUUGAUGUAACAAACACUUAGUAUACCGAUAGGGGGUGCUACCUGCACGUAUCUGUUCUAUGUAUCCUCCAAUACGCCACCCCAGGGUGUACACCAUAUGCAAUAUGGUGGUGGUGUUGGACUCUAUACCCUCUCCUGCUCUCCCCCGUGAUACCCUGCUGAAAUGCUUGAUCUCAAGAACCAUCUGGUUCCCUCAUGACUUGGGCACUUUGUCAAAAGCUCAAUCAAAUGUUAGAUUCUUGUAGAAAUGUUUUGUCCCAGAAAAUUCCUGUUGUUCUUCACCCAUGACAUUUUGGGUAAAGGAAAGGCUCAAUCUUUUGAAUGGUCUGAGAGAGACACUGAAGUUAUUUCUGGCCCAAAUGGGAUGGAGACUCUCAGAUGACCGGAGAACUACGCGGGGCCACUGUUCCCUAAUCACAUGCAGGGAAUGAGCAGCUCCAGGCAAGGUUUAGAGCUAAUCUCUUAGGUACAAAUAGAAUUUCCUGAUUAUCCUCAUAAAGGCAGACAGACAGCACUGCAGCUUGACUGAACGAAGGCCUUACUUAAUAUGUAACUGGUGGGUGAAGUGCAGCACCUCCAGUGACUGAAACCCCCUCUGUUCAGAGGCUUUGGAAGCACGUAUUCUGGAGGGUGUGGGGAGGACAACUGAUGGAUAAAUGUUCCCUGUCUUUCCCCUUUGUAUUGGGAUCAAACUACCUCCCUGCUCACCUGAAGAUCAGUGGUAACUGUUGCUAAACAAAACCGUGAGGCUAAGGCAACCUGGAGCCUCCUUGUUCCUGGUACUUCUUCCAGAAGUCUGUACAGUGCUCGUGAAAGACAGAGGGGCGCUGGGAAGCCAGCCUAGGAGAGAAAAAGUUCUUUCAUUAGUCAAGGCCCUCUCAGAGCACCAAUCUCCAGAGGCAAGGGCUUCCAUUCUUCCACCAUAUCGGUUUGACCUCAGCCUCCCACCAUGCACCCGGGACAUGUGCAUUGUGCAUGCAUGCCUUCUGUUUCAGCCAGCUGACACUUGUGGCAGUACAGGGACGAGGAGAGCAACUGAGCAAAUGAAGAGGAGAAGAGGGUCCUAGAGAGAGGAAAGAAAGCUAAAAACAUCUAUGGUCUUAAGCCAUUUCAGGUUGUGUGUGCAGAGACUCUGUUGAGAAAGCCUUUUUAAAAAAGUUGUGACUCGCCAGGCAGUGGUAGUACACACCUGUAAUCCCAGCACUUGGGAGGCAGAGGUAGGCGGAUUUCUGAGUUCGAGGCCAGCCUGGUCUACAGAGUGAGUUCCAGGACAGCUGGGGCUACACAGAGAAACUGUCUCAAAAAACAAAACAAAUAAAAACCAAACCAAAACAACAAACAAAAAGUUGUGACUCCAUGACCCAGGGCAGAUAGGUCCACUUUCACCUAAGCCUUGCUCUGAGGCAGAGAGUGUAGAAGUGAUACAUCAGAUGAGUAUAAUUUUGCAGGCCCUACCCACCAUCCUGACAGGUGUUACAAACAUGACUCAUCAGAGAGUGCCACUGUAGCUGUGAAUGAUGGGAAGUAACCAACAUCAGGAUGAUCCCAGGUACAAACGACACUUAAGUGGGUUUAGACCUCCUUGUAAGUUUCCAACAGCACCUCCUCACCUUCCCAAAGCCACAAGUUUUCCCUAAAGAGAUGGGACAGAUUCUGCUAGCAAACCUGCGGCCCUUCUUGACCAUCUCGCAGUCCUCCUCAGCCCUGACCUGGUUUUACCUCCCCCAACACCUGGGAGGAGCAGUGACUGCACUUUAUGUGGGUUCUUCAGGCAAUUCUCAUGGUCAAGGGCGAGUUAAGGAUCAAGUAACAGCAUAAACCGUGCUGCAGGCUUGGAGAAGUAAGAAAAGGGAUAAAAGCCAGGGAAAGGGCUCUUUUUCCUCCGGGAAGGGAAAGAAGCGACUCAGGGAGCCCAUUCCCUAAGGUUGGGAGUGGGAAGGUGGAAAAAAAAUGACACGAGUUGGUGAGUAUGGGAGGAUUUAUAUUUUCUACUUUCCUUCUAGGCAUCAUUAGGAAGGAGGAAGGCCUCCUAUUUUAUACUUCCAUAGCUAGUGGUUCCCCAUGCAGCAGGUGGGGUUCUGGCCUCUCCAGCUUCUUUGGCAUAUUAGCAAUUCUCCUAUCCCCCACCCCCACCCCCAGAAACCAAGUGCUGACUCUUUUUCAUGUAAACAACAGGGGCGUAGUUGUAAUGUGGUGUCAAGGCCCAUGUCUGCCAGGAAUUGUCAGGAUAACCCAAAGGCAAAGGUAAACCAGCCCUGUGACAGACACAGUGAGUGGCUUCCGACAUGCAGUGGGUGCGGGAGACUCAGCCAUUCUGUGAUCUAGGCUACAAGAUACUGCAGUUACACUGGUGGGAUGUGGCUACAGGAAGAACAUGGCUUAUUUUCCCUCAGUCUUUAGGACUUAUUUGAAUGCCCAGUUGUACCCCACAGGUGAGACUGGUUUUCAGACAUCUACUCAGCAGCUCCAGUCUGUCCUAACCAUCUGAUGAAGGAAGGAAGGAAGGAAGGAAGGAAGGAAGGAAGGAAGGAAGGAAGGAAGGAAGGAAGCGAUAAGUGAGGUCAUUAGGCAUUUUUUUUUUUUACUUCUCUAGUUUUCUGUUGUGUCACUGCAGAGUGUCUGGGGACAAAGCCAUAAGAACAGCCUAUUUACUUAAAAUUCUGCUGUACAUAUAAGCCGAGGGCUCGUCUGGAUUCAAGAAUGACCUUAUGCCCAAGCAUUUGCUCUGGUGCUGAAUAGUGCAAACUACUGGAACCCCCCCGCCCCCACCACUGAAGCCCCUAAACCCUCUUCCCCUGAUCCCAAAUGGACCACAGUAUUCCCAACUUGUUUAUAAAUAAAGGGACGCCGAGUCACA